AGAGAAGAGGCACAGCUUCGCCGCUGGACACCGCUGCAGGCGCUUAGUGCAGCGCCAGUUCCGCUGGCCGGAUCGUUGGCUGGCCGGUGCUUGCUGCUGUUGCUUCAUUGUUGUGCGACGGUCCCCAAGGGCCGAGGGUAUACAGGCGGACCGUACAGCAGCAGCGUAGCCAGCGUGUCCACCCCCCCAGGCCUCGAUUUAAUUCCUGCGGACGUGAACUCGGCGAAGACCCGGAGCCACGUCGUCGGCCGACCGGUCCACAUGCAUCCCCUCAUCUAGCAGUGCUUAAGUGGGCAAGCGUGAGCCGGCAAGAUGAGUUCGGUCAUGCGCCAGAUCGGUCUGCUUGCCGCCGGCUGCCAGACAUGGCACGUCAACGUGGCAAGCUUCAGCGGCCAUCGUUUCGCUUAUGCUGCCACGCUCGCCGUCUACAUAUACGAGAUGGACGAGUCCAACGGCGAGUUCAAGCUGCGCGCCAUCAUGGCCGAGCACAAGCGCACCGUGACGGCCAUCGACUGGCACCCGACGCGCCAGGAGUGGAUCGCCAGCGGCAGCCUCGACCCCGUCGUGUGCGUCUGGGACAUCGGCCAGCGGCAGCUGGUGGCGUCGCUGCGCGAGCCCCUCUGCCUGCCGCUGUUGCUGUCGUGGCGGCCCGACGCUCGCGACACGAUCGCCUACCUGUCGGGUCGCGGCCCGCUCCACUCGUGGUCCGUGCCCGAGGGCCCGCGCGAGCCGUGGCGGGAGACGGCGCAGUUCUCGAGCGUCGUCACUCAGAUGGCGUGGCACCCGUCGGGAAAGCUGGCCUUCGGACACCAGGACGGCUCCCUGUCCGUCCUGCAGAGCGGUGGCGCGUGCCAGAAGCACGUGCGGCUGCUCCACGACGUGCCUCCGGACAGCGAGGACGAGGACACCCGCAGCGUCGUGGCGCUGCGCUGGGACGACCAGUCCCCGGGAUACCUGCUGGCCGCGCUCCCCAGCGGCCAGCUGUUCCUGCUCGACUGGUCGACGUCGACCGAGCUGCAGGUGCUGGCUACGUACGCCUGCCCCAGUCGUGCUACUACCGUCGCCUCCCUCGCCUGGGUGCCCGGUGCGGCUGGAAUGUUCCUCACCGGAGACAAAUCGUGCGGGACAAUGCGCGUUUGGAACGUAUCCCGCAACACCCCGCUGGAGAACCUACCUUUGCACGGCAGCGGUUUUCGCACCUUGUGCGUCUGCACCGGCUUCCCAGACAAGGAGCGCUUCUCGCCUAUGCCAUCACCGGAGUGCGUGGCCUCCCAACAGCAGCAGCAGCCAGCGAGCAACACUGUGCGCCUUCCACGCAACGUGCGUGUGCUGUGCCUGUUCGCGGACGGAGCCGUCGGUCUCUACAACAUUCGGCGACGCUCCUGGGACUUCAUGCGGGACACGGCGCACACCGAGACGAUAUUCGACUGUCAGUUCAAGCCCGACAACUGCAACCUUCUUGCCACCGCCGGCUUUGACGGCACCCUCAAGAUCUGGAACAUAGAGACCAUGACUGCUGUGAUGACAUCUCCACCAAGAACCAGUACAAUAUAUUGCUUGUCCUGGGCCCCAUCUGGACAAGACUGCGUAGCCUUGGGAACAUCAAAGGACGGACUUCUCAUCUGGGACACUGUGAAGAAUGCUGCGAAGAGCGUCAUUCUAGGCCAUGGAAAAGAGACGGCUAUCUACUGCGUAGCAUGGAACCAGACAGACUCUAGAAUGAUAGCGUCGGCUGGAGCGGAUUCGACCUGCAUGAUUCACCGGGCUGAUGGAAAGCUUGUGCAGACAUUCCACCACCCCGCAACUGUGUACGGAUGCGACUGGAAUCCGAAUAACGAGAGCAUAAUCGCCACCGCGUGCGGGGACGGUGUGAUCCGUGUCUACUACCAAGGCAUGGACGGGGGUGUGCCCCUGAAGACGCUGGAAGGACACAAGCAGAAGGCCUUUCGUGUCAAGUGGUCGCCCCUCAGGGACGGUGUACUGUGCAGCACUUCCGACGACUGCACCAUUCACGUGUGGAACUACACGUGCGAGUCCGCCGUUCGAGUGCUGCGCGGCCAUCAGGACCUGACGCGCAGUGUGCUUUGGAGCACCGAGCUGAGCCACCUGCUGCUUUCUGGCAGCUGGGACGCCACCAUCAGGCUAUGGGACACGCGCGAUGGCGUCUGCCUCUGUCUGCUGCAAGACCAUGGCGCCGACAUUUACGCGCUAGCGUGUCACCCACGGAGGCCAUUCGUGGUGGCCUCUUCGUCGAGAGACUCGACGGUACGUGUUUGGUCCAUGCUGCCCCUGGCCUCUGUCAUGUUCCUUCGCAUCCUGUGCGGCUGGGACUUGAACAGCGUCGUGGCGGCACAAGGAGAGCAGCCCCUCGGCAGAGGCAAGGAGAUGCUGUGUGGCUCGGCAGCCAGGCAGCUGAAGCACGCCCACACGUCUUCCCGAGGUGAAGCCGCGCUCAGGGCUUGGUCCACCUUCUUCUGCGAUCCACCGGGAGUCGGUAACCUCUGGGAUCUAUUGAGCAUAGUCGCGAAAGGAGAAGACGCCGAAGUGUCCCAAUCCUACAAGGAUUCACUGCUGCUCCACCGCAGCCAUCUCGUCAAAAUGAAAGCGUCGAAGGCGCGCGAAUUGGAGCUCGUCACCGCUACGCGGUUCGGUGGCACGGGCGUCGGUGGUCCUAGCCGGGAGCAGUCUCUUCAACAGGCGGCGCAGCUCUACCUUUCCACGGGGAACCUGCGCAAGUACUGCGAGAUCCUCGCCGAACUGGGAGCGUGGAACGAGGCCCUUGCCUUAGCCCCGGGAGUAUCUUACCAGUAUUGGCGCCACCUAGCAAAGAGGAGGUGCGAUCUCCUUGCGAGCGAAGAUCGGUCGGAAGCCGUAGGCUUGAUGCUGGCGCUAGGUGACGUAGCAGAUCUCACAGUAUUUCUCAGGACCAGGGGACAGGCCCACAGCGCCUACGUUCUAGCUCUGGCCACGAGACAGGCGCCCUGCUCCGAGAGCAGCAACCAAGGUGAUACGUCCGCAGAGGGCCAGUCGCAAGAAGCCAGCGAUUCUGAAAAGCUUGUACAAAGUUGCACUCAAGAUAUCUCGGAGAAGUACCUCUUGGAAGGAACACCUACCCUGGCGGCCUGUUGUCACUUGGCUGUCGAUGACGUCCGGGGUGCCCUGCGGGCCCUGAUACGCGGCAACGAACUCGAACUGGCGCUCAGCGUCAUCCUGCAUUCGGGCUGCGAGGAGCCGGCGCAGGCAGCGUCACUCUGCUCCUGGCUUGCCUGGAGGUGCUCGCACACCGGAAACUGGGAAUUGGCCAUGGACCUGCUGGGCCUGUGCGACGAGGCGCAGGUGGAACGGCUCGAAAUCCUCGCCGGCUGCGGAUGCUCCAUGGCCGAGAGGAACGCCCUUCAUGAGAAGGUCUCCCUGCCUUCCGUCGAGGAGUGCACAGCUCUUGCCCACCAACAUGAGAAAGACGGCGACAGCGUGGCAGCCGUUCAGUAUUACGUUAUCUCCGAAACUCAAUCCGAGGCGCUCAGGGUAGGAAUGAGCUACGUUAAAGAGAGAAUAUUGUCUAAAGACUGGACGCUUGACUCUCUCUGGAGGCCGGUGCGCUGGAUGCAAAGUUUACAUCCGAGGAUCUUGUCCCAAGAGAAGAACGACGAGUUGUACAAGGAGCUCCGGUUUUUCUCUGCGUACGUCGGGGCACUGAAAGCUCUUCGUGACGGUUACUGGGCCGUCGCGACACCUCUUUUGACCCACGCGAGAGAAUUGCUCAAGACGAAUAAGUUGUUGGAGUCGUUACUAGAAAAUGAAGUACUAAUGGACGACAGUGAAACAAUAACUCAUACCAGCGACGACGAGAGGAAUAGCGUACUGCAGUGUCAAGUCUUUCACAGUGAGCGUUUGGCUGAGAAACUAGGAUGCAAGCUAUCAGAGCAAGGAAACUUUGGGGAGGUCCUUGUCGCUGGUUCACAUCUGCCCAGGCAUUCGGACCAACGGCGCUCAAUCUUCACCGGAAAGCCAAUCCAGGGCCCUGUCUACUACCUGGACGACGGUGGAUCGAGUAUAUCGCUAAGCGAAGCCAUCAUGUGGGCCAGGGUCAACCUCCUGUCACCAUUAAGGGCGUACAAUCGAAUCGUCCCCUUUUGACUCUCUGCACUGCUAUUGUUGUUUGAAAAAAUUAAACUAAUAUUGUUACUUAGUA